CCUGCGAUCAUCGUCGCAUCAUCACAAUAAAUUAUCAUUGCAUCGUUGUCUGUCGCCGUGUGUUGUUGCUGCAUGCACGGAUAACAUAUAUACAACAAACCAUAUCAUCGGCAGGUGUUCCGUAUACGCGUGCGCUCCUCCCGUGUUCGUUUCUAUUUUUUAUCCGACUGUUGUGUCCGUGCAGUGCUGUUUCUUUUUAUUGUCCUCCCGCUGAUUCAGCUGAUUGUCAAAUAGAGCCAACGAUCAUCGUGUGGAUGCGAGACUCGGGGUAGUCGGGGUGGACAAACAUGUGUAAACUCCAUUCUUUGGCCUGUGCGCUCGUCCAUGCUGGCUGCAGGCUUAAUAGUACAGUGUACUGUAAUUAACAACAAACAAUAUACAUAGCAAAUGCAAAAACGAGAAGAAGAGUAACAACAACAACAACAACAACAAGCACUGUAUAAUUGAAAAAAAAGCGCUGUGGCCUCGUCACGCGCCAACGAGACGCGCUGUUAUUGUUGUGACUGCAGUAGCCUGAGGAGGAGGCUCUACCGAGUGCCGAGCUCGCCCUAUUACAUCUCGCUUUCGCCCUUUCCAGCCACCGUCAUGUCGGAGGUGCGCAAGAGGACGGUACCCGAGCCUAAGGCCGCUGAUACCGCUGUCGAGGAUCAGAAGGAAGAUGUGGAGUCCGAGGAUGAUGCGAAACUUGAUGUUGAUGAACUUGCAAAGACACUACCACAAGGGACAAAUCAUACCCCAGAAUUGCUUGAUUCUGCACUUGCCGGCUUACCCCCACGCUGGAAAAACUGGGUCAUUCGGGGUAUCUUUACUCUCUUGAUGAUAGGAGGAUUCUGUCUAAUCAUUUAUGGUGGUCCUCUAGCAUUAAUGAUUACAGUUUUAAUUGUACAAGUAAAAUGCUUUGAAGAAAUCAUCAACAUUGGAUAUGCAGUGUACAGGAUUCACGGAUUACCCUGGUUUCGUUCGCUUUCUUGGUACUUUUUAAUUACUUCCAAUUAUUUUUUCUAUGGAGAAAAUUUAAUGGAUUACUUUGCGGUCGUUAUCAAUAGAACGGAUUACUUACGAUUCCUCGUGACGUAUCACAGAUUUUUAUCAUUUUGUUUGUACAUAAUCGGGUUCGUUUGGUUUGUACUUUCACUGGUGAAAAAGUACUAUAUGAAACAGUUUUCUUUGUUUGCCUGGACACACGUUGCUCUGUUAAUAGUCGUUACUCAAAGUUAUUUAAUUAUUCAGAAUAUUUUUGAAGGCUUAAUAUGGUUCAUUGUACCAGUCAGCAUGAUUGUUAUUAACGAUGUUAUGGCAUAUAUGUUUGGAUUCUUCUUUGGUAGAACCCCAUUGAUACAAUUGUCACCCAAAAAAACUUGGGAAGGCUUUAUUGGCGGUGGUUUUUCGACUGUCGCACUUGGAGUCUUGAUAUCGUACGCUAUGUGUCAGUAUCGUUACUUCGUUUGUCCCAUUGAAUAUAGCGAAACUCUUGGCAGGAUGACUAUGGAUUGUGAACCUUCUUACCUGUUCAAGCCUCAAGAAUAUAAUGUGCCACAGUCUUUACUAGUCAUACCUAAUCUAUUUAAUUGGAAGUCAACCAUCACGGUUUAUCCAUUUAUGUUGCAUUCCUUGUCAUUGUCUGUGUUCAGUUCAGUGAUAGGACCAUUUGGUGGUUUCUUCGCAAGUGGUUUCAAAAGAGCGUUUAAAAUCAAGGACUUUGGUGACGUAAUACCCGGUCACGGAGGAAUAAUGGACAGAUUCGACUGUCAAUAUUUAAUGGCAACAUUUGUUAAUGUGUACAUCUCGUCUUUUAUUCACACAGCUACACCCCAGAAACUCUUGCAACAGGUAUUUUCAUUAAAACCAGAACAACAACUUCAAUUAUUCCAGACAUUACAGGACUCACUGCAGAACAGAGGUCUCUUAAAUUCUUCCUAAAUAUUGUUUAAUAACGAAACGAUGAAUAUUUUUCGUUAAUUACAAUAGCUACCUGAUUACCAAGUUAUUUAAUGGACAGGUCUACUUAUUGUUGGACAGCCUAUUUGGUUAGUCUGAAGAUAACUCCUUGAUCAGUCUUGAACGAUUUUUUUUUUAUUUUUAUUUUUAUUUUUUUUUUAUUUAUUUUUUUUUAAUGACUCAUAACUUUUAUUCUGAGAGCAAUUAAAUGGCUUUUAUCCCAUACUGCCGUCGAGCUUACGUUAUAAGCUUAGUCAAGCAAACCUCAGGCCACAAUCUGGCAGAAUUGUGCAAAUAGGUUAUGAUGGUUUGAUAGAGGAAAU